AGCUCACCCGAGGCUCGCUUCGCCAAGCGCGUGUCCUGCCGCGUCGCAGCCGUAUCAUCGCGAACCCGCUCGGGGGUGGUGGAGUUGUUAAGCUGCCGACAAAAUGGCGACCGCGAUACCAAACAAAUGACUCCGCGCGAAGAAAGCUGGCCCGCGAGCCUCGCGUGAUUUCGACCGGUCCGUGGGUGAUCGUCUGCUACUACCUCAUAGCCGAUACCAUUUCGCCGAAAGCACGAAAGCUCGAAUGCGUGGACGCGGUCCGCAUCUAGGACACUGGGUCGGCUCUAUCGUUUCGCGCUCGCGACGACGUGCAUUCGGGAAACACCGAGAGGGAACGGUCGUCGAGGGAUCGCGGCGCGGAUCGGCCGCCACGGCGAUCGAAUCGAUGCUCGCGUGAAGGAUUUCGGUGAGAAUUCGAUUAUCGACCAGCGAUCCUCGGGGCUCGGGAACGACUGGCGGACUAAUGGUAUUAGAGGGUCCCGCGCUGUGCCCGCUUCUUAGCUGAGUGACGAUCGCGGUUGGUCGCUGCCGGCUUCGAUGGCCUGACGAAUAACCCAGACGGCUGCCGCGAUCGAGUUACGCGACCAUGCAUUUGCAUUUCGAAAAGAACAACAAUGCCAAGUGCGACUGCAACAUCCUGUCGCUCAGCUGGAUGGGCAAGGUACCGGAUGAGUCGCCGGAGGACGAAGGAUGGAAACUAGACCGUACAAAUUACUAUCAGGAGGGAUGGUUGGCCACUGGUAACGCUCGUGGCCUUGUGGGGGUGACUUUUACUACGUCUCACUGCCGAACGAGGGCCACGGAACUUCCACUGAGAGCAAAUUACAACCUUCGGGGACAUCGCAGCGAGGUGAUACUCGUGAAGUGGAACGAGCCUUACCAGAAGUUGGCAUCGUGCGACAGUUCCGGCGUAAUUUUCGUGUGGAUCAAGUACGAAGGAAAAUGGAGCAUAGAACUGAUCAACGACAGAAGUACUCCAGUCACGCAUUUCUCUUGGUCGCACGACGGACGGAUGGCUCUCAUAUGCUACAGGGACGGUUUCGUACUGGUUGGCAGCGUUGCUGGUCAAAGGUACUGGUCAUCGAUGUUGAACGACAAGGCUACGAUCACCUGUGGUAUUUGGACACCAGACGAUCAGCAGGUAUAUUUCGGAACGACGGCAGGGCAAUUAAUAGUAAUGGAUGUUCAUGGAGCGAUGGUAUCGGAGGUACAAUUAGCAGCUGGUGUCACUUCGAUGGCUUGGAGCGCCGAAAAGUUUACGAUGGAAGAAGGAGAUGACGAUUUAUCGAACGAUAGAUCCCACAGAGACGACCGGAAUUACGUGCUAGCAGUCUGCCUCGCCGAUGGCAGUAUCGUCAUGCUGCGAUCAUUCGAUGACGUAUCGCCCAUAACGAUACGUACGAACCUAAAGGCGCCGUUGCACGCUGAAUGGAGUAAUUCCAGAAAAUUGUUAGCGAUCGCCGGUACGAAAGAUUCGGAUAGCCCUCAGAGCAGCCCCCACGAGUACACGAAUCUUCUAAAAUUUUAUUCAGUCACCGGUGCCCUUGUCUACACUACGGCGAUACCGUACACGCAAUGCGCGGUAUCGGCGCUCACGUGGGGCCACAACGACAGAAGACUUUUCGUGGCGACCGGAGCACGCGUCCACGCGGCGUGGGUGUCAAGGCGCGUAGGUUCGCUGCAGUUGUUAUCUCGCUUGGCUGUAAGAGCAGCUCUGACAAGGGAGUCCUGUGUUCAGCAACUUCCAUUGCCACCGAGAUUAAGAGCAUCCGUGGCCGCACUUUUUGCUAGUACAAUAAGAUGUUCAGUACCAGAACCAAGGGAACUGAGGCGUUUCGUGUCGCGUCCGCCCCCAGGAGGAGGAAGAUUACACUGCACUAUGCUCAGACACGCCGUGGAACCCGUUCCUUGUUACACAUUAUAUUUAGAAUAUUUAGGUGGGCUAGUGCCGCUUCUAAAGGGCAGAAGAACGAGCAAAAUCAGACCGGAGUUCGUAAUAUUCGAUCCCCAAAGCCAGGACACCCUCCAAGUUUACGAAGACACGUUGCAAUGUCCAUCGUUCAGCGAUGGAUCGGAUACGGAGAGGGACACAGCCGACUUGUGCGGAUCGCCUAGGAACAAAAGGAAAAACAGACGGAAACGAGAAGAGAAACUGAACGAGGAGAGCGACGACCUUACAUACGUAGACACGUUACCCGAGCACGCGAGGCUGGUCGAAGUAACGUCCAAUAUCUGGGGCACGAAAUUUAAGUUUCACGGGUUGGCGGAGUCGGUACCCGCUAACUUGGGUCAGGUUACUUAUCGAACGUCGCUGCUGCAUUUGCAACCGCGACAAAUGACCCUAGUGAUGACAGAGUUGCGUGACGACGUGCCAGCAGGUCCGGAUCCCACGUUCAAUCCGAAUCUGUUCUCCGAGGACGAGGAGGAAUCGUUCCAGGAACUACAAAGUGCCUCGCGAAGCACCUCCGAAGCCCAGCCCCCUCCGAUCGCACCGAUGACGCCCCGUAACGCGCGACUGAACUCCAAUCGUCCGAAAUCUCAAAUUUCCAAUCAAUUCAUGACCACCGAAGCCUUACCCACCACCCUGUCCAGGGUCGACAAUUACGAAAACGAGUUGCCCUACGUUGACCUGCAGGAAAUGGGGAAUUUGUACGAAAACUUGAGGACCACCUCCACGAACACCUAUCGAACACCGUCGAGGCUCAACCCGCCGAGGUGUUGCGACGUGCCAGCCCUUCAGUCGCCAAAAAACGCGGUCGCCCCCACGCAAACCAUAAUCGCGACCUCGAACACGGGAACGGAUUACUCCAACAAUAUUCAAAGGAUGAAAACCGUCCUGGCUGACCAACAGACCGGCAUGAUCACGAAGAAGGAGCUCGAGAACAAUAAGUUCAAUCAAAUUUCUCAGGACGACAAGACUGUAUUGACAACCUGUCCCUCGACCAUUAUCCCUAUGUCCAUACACAACGGCCAAACUUCGAACACGGAGGCUUCUAGCAGCCGCGGUUGUUCCCAAGGCUCUAUCGUGAACGGUCUGGAGAACAACAACGGUUGCCCUCAAUCUCAGGCGAUAUUCCUCAACGGGGUCCAGGGUAAAACUAAUCACGGCGUCAACCAAACGUCAUCGAUAAGCUCGUAUUCCCAUGGUCCGUACAACAAGAACGGCAUACACCUGGCUAGCAAUCAUUCGCCGGCGUGUUCUUAUCAGUUUCCAGAGAACAUCGAUCAAUGCGUGGGACAAUCUUGCUCGUACUGCACCUCGAGGAUCAAAGACUUUAAAUCGCACGAAUCGUGCGGGAAAACGAACGCCAGCUACUUCGGCGCGUGCGGUUCCGCUAGCAGAGCUGACGAAAUGCGUUUUAUCGACGACGAGGCUCACGGCGAAGCCGCGGCGUUGGAAUCGUCGCGAGGCGUUCACAGAACCCCAACUGUCGUUAGCAUCGGUCCCCUUUGCAUAAACGAUUCCAUAGUCAGAAGCUGCAGCGUCGGCUACUUGGACAUGGUCGACGCGCAAUUGGUCCCCUGCGACGUGGCAUUGAAGAUGCUUAGAAAGGAGGCACCUAACAAGAGACUGGUACUGGUUUCGAGGAAGACGAAAAGGAGAAAAAAGAAUAAGACUCAGCACGAGAUUGGCCAACAAACGUCCAAAUCGCCGAGGCUUCGCAACUGCGGAAAGUCCAAAAGUUUGGACUCCAGCGACAUAUUUCCCGCUACCGAGCAUAUAUCGUUGCCACCCCAGUUGCCGGAACACGUCGAAGAAGCAAUCGGUGCUACCAGUCUCGAAACGACCGAGAACAAGAGUAACGAAUCGCUGGAAGAGUCACCAGAAGCUGUAGAAGCAUCGGUUGAAUAUGGGAAGCACGUCUGUCGUCUGCCUGCCGUUAAACCGAGCCCGAUAGAAACCUGUACUUCACCCGUUAGACUAUCCAGUCCAAGCGGUUCGUUAGCGUCAUCCUUGGACGGUCUUGCAGCUCGACUCCGAGAUUUCGACGAAAGCCACUCUCUACCACCACCGUCGCCUCGACCAUCGUCCAGAACUUUUUUCAGAUUGCCUAGAAGUUCUCCCAGUAGUCCAGCACCGUCGAAGAAAGGCAAAAGACCGGCGUCGGCUUCGCCGAUUAGAAGAAGGCUACUAUCAAGUCCUUUACUGAGCAGAAAAACGCGAAAGAGCCGGGGUGAGAGUUCGGACGAGGAAGGGCUGCUUCAAGACGAAUCGUCGGGAAGCUACCGGGACCUCGAAACGUUCCAAAAGGCACAAUUACGCCAAAAGUUGAAGCAAAAGAGUGGAGGAGCAUCUGCUCACAAAUCGGAAGCAGUAAGGCGGGAACUUGUGAUGCAUAAUAAGGCGCCGAUGUGGAACGAAUCUAGCCAGGUGUAUCAGCUUGAUUUCGGCGGCAGAGUGACCCAAGAAAGCGCGAAGAACUUUCAGAUAGAAUUUAAAGGCCGACAGGUGAUGCAAUUCGGAAGAAUAGAUGGGAAUGCCUACACAUUGGAUUUCCAAUAUCCUUUCAGUGCUUUACAAGCCUUCGCCGUUGCCUUGGCUAAUGUUACACAACGGCUCAAGUAACUGUUAGUCGCUGAUACUUCAUUUGAUACAGAUUCGCGUGAAAUUUGUAAUACACGUACCAGAAACGCAACCCGGAACGUAUGCUGUAAUUAAAUCGAAAUAUUCGUCCAAAAAGAAAAAAAAAAAAGAAGAAAAACCUAGCAAGUCGUAGAGGAAUUAAAGCUGUAACAAUACGCUACACAUAGAAUUACAAUGAAUGAAAGACAUCUUUAAAUACAGCUUUUAAGCGUGUAAUAGAGCCGUAUGUCUUUCGAUUAUUAAAACUAGUGACGGGCUAGAAAUAAGUUCUUUAAGUAAACAAGCGAGCAUCAACCAGCCAUCGCCACGAUAGAGAGGGAUUUUUGCACCGAAAUCUCGAGCCGAAUGCAUAUGGCCUUGUGUGUAGCACGAAAACGAAAACACAAACCCUUCUUAAGGCCUUACGCGAGCCUCUCGAACGAACGCCUUCAAGCUAAAGUAAACUCGACAUACACUAAUUUCACUUCGCGGAUCUUACAAGUAGAGAGUUAGUAGUGGGAGUCGCUAAUUUCGAUAAAAUAGGUACUACAUGCUAGACUUACACCUACGAAAAUAACAGAUUAAUAUUAGUCGAAUAUGUCUAUGAACUUUUAAAAAAUCAGAGGUUAAAAGUUCACCAACAAUAUUGUACUUACGAUUUUCGUAGGUACAGUUCUACUCGUCCCAUAUCAAUUUUAUCGAAAUCAGCCGUUUGACACUACUAAUCCUCCCCUUGUUAGCGUGGACAGUUGCAAAGGGACUUGAAUUCGAGCGGGACACAAUGGAUUUUGUUGUAAAGGAACCGUAGUGAAUAAGAUUUCGUUGAAUGCUUCUUCGCCGUACCGUCCAAAAUAUUUCGUUUCUCCCAACUCUUCGAGUGCUCAUUUUUGUAUAGUUUAUGCGACACGUUGAAGUCUAGUAAUGCUGUUGAAAGUUCACCUCGUUCAUUUUUGCGGUCCGCCGG